CUCCCACCUGACAUUUUCUCUCUCGCUUUCUCGUGAAAAAAAAAUAAAGAUUCCACCUUUUCCACUUCAAUUUUGACUAAACCGGAUAAAGAAAGAUAAAACAAUGGCCGGAGGUCUCGUGAAAUGCAGUAAGAUCCGCCACAUUGUGAGUCUCAAGCAAAUGCUCCGGCGAUGGCGCAACAAAGCACGUUUAUCUUCAGUCAGCCGUUGUGUGCCGUCGGAUGUUCCAUCCGGACACGUGGCGGUCUGUGUUGGUAGCAGUUGCAGGAGAUUCGUGGUGCGCGCGUCGUACCUGAACCAUCCAAUCCUGAGUAAUCUGCUUGUCCAAGCCGAGGAAGAGUUCGGUUUCGCGAACCAGGGACCGUUGGUUAUCCCCUGCGAAGAAUCGGUUUUCGAGGAAGCGAUCCGGUUCAUUUCCCGGUCUGAUUCUUCCCGGUCAAGCCGGUUUACUUGUCCCGACGAUCUUCAGAAAUGCCACGGAGGAAUCAAAAGCAUGUUGAUCGAAACUAGGCCGUUGCUUCACGCCGCCGUCGUCGAGAAAGUCGUAUGGUGAAGAGUGUUGGUUCGUACGAUUUCAGACCCAGUUUGACACGGAAUGAGUUUGGUCGCCACAUGAAAGGAAGCAGACGAGUUUUGUAAUAAAAUCGUCAAUGACUCCGCUGAGUUACCACCGGUUCGAGUGGUGCUAAUUUUAAUCGGAUUCAGGGUUUUUUUUUUUACCAAAUAUUUAUUUAUAUGGGCGGGGUGGCGAGUUACUCACUGAGUCGAGAUGGAGGAGGUUACGGAUUGAGAAGGAGAUGGCGGUUUAAAAGGUGGGGGUGAGUCGUUCCACCGAUGUCAUCCCGGGUUCGCACCCCAUAUUCAAGAGUCCAGACUGUAAUUGUAAAUAAGACAAAUGAACAUUUGGUUAUCUUAUUUGAGUAUUUUGUCAACUUUC